AUGUUUCUCUACCCUACCAUCUCCCGCCAUUUUAUAUACGACAGAAUUCCAAGAAGUCUUGAAAUUGAAGCGAUUUUGGUAGAUUUGGGAACUUUUAUUAGUCAAGACUUGCAUAAAUCUGUGUUGGAUGGUGCUCCCUCCACCAAUAUGUAUGGACUAGAUACCGUCAAUCAUUGGGGUCUAGGAUUCGACAUGUUCCGUGAUCAUGAGAAGUUUCAUGCUCAUUGUAUCGAAGGUGAUAUCCUAAUUCGAGUCCGAAAGAACGCAACGGAAAAUGUAUAUCAUUUGGGUGACUUGCGUUUUACAUCAAUGGACAUGGUAAGGGCAGCCAAGACUUUGGUAGACCUUUCAAAAGUCGGAAUAUGGGUGGUCGGAUACCAAGUUGGAGGGAGCCUGACAUUCUUUCAGGAAAGAACAGAGUUGGUGAAGGGAGAUAAUUGGCUUCAUGACCCAGAGUCAUCCGGAGAAUGUGGCAUGAAGCUGGGGAAGAAACGGGAUCAAAGUGGAACACUACAGCUGCGUUUAAAACUAUCGAGAAGAUGGGAUGAGAACAGAAGGAUGUGCCUGAGAGUACGAAAGAUCUGA